AUGUAUGUGCCGGAUAAAGAUGGAAUUCUGUGGAAAUUACACAAUAAUUUCUAUUUUGUUCUCGCGUUGAGGGCUGUUUCUGUGCUAUUAACCGUGCUCACCCUUUUCAUUUGCAUAUCAAGCGAACAUUGGCAGGAUAAAGUUGCAUCGGUGAUUGGUCUCUUCUUCACGAUAGCCUCAUUCAUUUUAUUCAGCUGUUCAAUUGGAGUCAUUUACAUUUGUCGAUUAGAGACGAGCAUGAUGACAAAGGCAUUCGCAUUUUUGUGUGUCCUCUGUUCUGCUCUCGAUUUUGGCCUUCAACUUCUUUUUCAUUAUGGAGAUCGAUCAAGGUUCGAUGAAAGGCCAAAAAUGGGAACAACGAUAACAACAUUUGAUGUGAAUGAUGAGGAAUUGAUUGACCGACAUCCACUGGACAUCUCUCCACCAAUGAUUCCCCAACAUUUCCAUCACAAUCGCAGUGUCAGCUUUAUUACACCACCCGAG